AUGCGUCUCUCCUCUUCCCCACCUCGUGGUCUGCAGCAGCCCUCCAGCUUCGGCUCCCUGGAUUGGUUCUCCCAGAGCAGCUGCUCCGGGCCGACAUAUACCCCGAGGCCUGCGGACAUCCCCGGGAGCCUCCCUGGCCCGGGCCAGACAUCCAGCAGCCGGGAGGCCCCUCAGGCCGUCAGCAUCAAGGAAGCUAGGUCUUCAAAUCGGCCCGCGCCGGAGAGGACAGUGGCUGCCUUCACCACCGGGCAGGUCCACGCCUUGGAGGGCGUCUUCCGGCAUGCCUGGGCCCUCGAGCCGAAGAGGCUGGCCAGGCAGAUGCAGCUCUCGGAGGUCCAGAUAAAAACCUGCUUACAAAAUCGCCGGAUGAAACACGAAUGGCAAAUGCAGGACUCCCAGCUGCACAACCCCUUCUCGGGGUCUCUCCACGCGCCCCCGGCUUUCCACUCACCGUCUUCUGGCCUUGCCAAUGGCCUGCAGCCGCUAUGCCCUUGGGCACCCCUGCCCGGGCCCCAGGCUCUGAUGCUGCCCCCUGGCUCCUUCUGGGGUCUCUGUCAAGUGGAACAAGAGACCUUGGCCUCUGCAUGGGCUUCCUGCUACCGGCAGCCUCCAGCGUACCACCCCCGAAGACCAGGAAGUGGCGUGCAUAAGCUGGGACCAGCCCUGUCCUGGGGGCCCUGGGGCCUGUGUGCUCUUCUGGAGAAUCUGCUGAGGGCUGCUCUUCUCGGGCCAGGGAAAGUGGGGCAGCCGGGGGCCUGCGACUGUGCCUGGACUGAAGCCAUCCCGCAUGUCCCCACCCUCCAGCAUGUGCUCAUCUGUCCCCUUCCUCGCAGCAGCCUCAGGACAAAACAGAAUGACUCAAGGACAGCACUUCCUGCAAAGUCUGGAAGGGCCCAGAAUGGGAGGCACGGAAGCCCCUCCCGGGGAGGACUCUCCCUCACUGAUGGACCAUUCUUGGUGCAGACUCCUGACUGCACGCGCCGAACCGUAGACAAGCGGGCAUCCAUCCACGUCACCCUAGAGUCCCCAGGAGGCACGCAGCGCGGGGCGCCCAGAGAGACGGGUUCAGCCUGCAGGACUGCGAGGCGACCUGUGAAACCGACCUAG